AUGCACAUGGAAUCAAAAGUCGACUCGGCCUCCUGCCCUGAAGGAGGCCUCAUCGGCAACCUUGUGGUAGUAGGCAGCUUCAGCGCCAUCAUGGGUGGACUAGGUUUGAUGAACAGCAUCGGAAUAUACCAAGCCUGGAUCUCAACACAUCAACUAUCAAACAUCAGCGAAGGACAGAUCGGAUGGAUCUUCGGUAUCUACAAUUUCCUCGUGUUCUUCUGCGGAAUUCAAAUUGGUCCUAUCUUCGAUAUCAAGGGCCCCAGACUGCUGAUGUGGAUUGGAUCGAGCUUGCUGGUGCUGACCUUCAUUCUCAUGGGCUUCUGCACGCAGUACUGGCAUUUCCUCAUUGUGAUUGGCAUUCUUGGCGGAACCGGGACUUCAUUCAUAUUCAUUGUCCCAGUAGCCAGCAUCGGACACUUUUUCUUCAAGCGCCGAGGUGCAGCCACUGGCCUGGCGUUGGGUGGUGGAAGUAUUGGCGGCGUGAUCUUCCCACUGGUCUUGCAGAAUCUUGCUCCACGAAUUGGAUUCGCAUGGGCCAGUCGUGUUGUCGGUCUAAUCACACUCAUUCUUCUGAUACCCGGACUGAUCUUCGUGCGAGCCAACUUCCCUCCUUCCAAGGCCCCUCAAGUGCCGUCUCUGAAGAACUUCCUCCCUGAUUUGACCAUUCUUAAAGAUCCUAUUCUUGCACUGACGACCAUCGGUGUUUUCUUCAUUGAAUGGGGAUUCUUCAUUCCGCUCGAGUACAUCGCCUCUUAUUCGAUUGCCAGUGGAAUCUCUCCCCGCAUGUCAUAUCUGAUGGUUGUCUUCCUGAACGCAGGCUCUUUUCCCGGUCGAUGGCUCCCGGGCAUCGUCGCCGAUCGAAUUGGUCGAUUCAACACAUUGAUUCUGACAAAUAUUCUUUGUUUGAUCUCCGUGCUGGCCAUCUGGAUGCCCGCAAACGGGAACAUGGCUGCUGUAAUCAUCUUUUCAGUUGUAUUCGGAUUCGGCAGCGGCAGCAACAUCAGUCUUGUCCCUGUCUGUGUGGGGGAAUUGUGUCCCGUUGAGAAUUAUGGGCGAUACUAUACAACUGUGUAUACCAUUGUCAGCUUCGGGGCUUUGACCGGAGUUCCGAUCGCGGGAGAGAUCAUCCACCGCUGCGAGGGGGCAUAUUGGGGACUGAUUUCGUUUGCGGGCUGCUCUUAUGCAGCUGGAUUGAGCUGUUUCAUUGUUGUAAGGAUUCUCCAGUACAAAAGGGCUAAGGUGGAGGUAAAGACCGAGACGGAGACGGUGACGGAUGCGGAGAAGGCCGAGGUGCCGCUGGCGGGCGUUCCAAGUUUAGGCUGA